ACGACGCUGGUCCUCUUCUUCGCCUCCGGGAUGUACAGCGAGAAAUCGGCUAUGCCAAUCGGUAUUACGUGCCGCAUGCGAAUCGUGCGCUCCAGAAACUUCAACAUGUACCUGAACGUGCGCCAGCCUCCCCUACGUUCUAAACUACCCGCUUUCCUCAAUCCGUUCACUCUACUCUUCCCUCGACCAACACCGUCAUCGGUCGCUCCUGCCGCUCCGCUCCGCCACCGCUCGCCUUCCCCUACUGCUAGCCGGACGAAACGUAGCUCCUCCGUGCCCAUCCCACCCAUUCCGCCUGCGUCCAGUCCGCGAGGCGAGCUCAUUUCUCAUCGCGUGUCGAGCGAGGCUUUCGCGACAGUUAUGAACGUUAUCGGGCAGCGUUCGAGCGGCGACGAGACGGGCGCGAACGUUUGGAACGAGAGAAGACAUGGCCGGGGUGGAUGAUUUCGAAGAUGCCUUGGGCAAAAGCAUCAUCGCCGCUGUCCCCUACUGUCCUUCCUGCAAGUGCUGCAGGAUCGCGGUUCAGGACGGAAAGCGGGCGAAGCCGCGGAAGUGAUAGUAUGCCUCCAUCGAGGAGGGUUAGUUUGCAGAGCCCUACAUCCCCCUCGUCACGGAGCUUGGAUGAGAAAACAUAUAAGGACGGUGCCCUCCCAUCUGCUGGUGUCAUUGGCAAAAAUUAGGUGAGAGGUGUGACAUUGAAGUACUACUUUAGUGACAGCAAUUGAAACUGCUCAGUUGUAAUGAUAUAUGUAUGAUGCUGUUCGGCAGCAAUCUACUCUAGUCUUGUACAUUAUGAUACGACAUUGGCUAUUGCAUUAUUUGCAAGGGUCCCUAUGUAGCUCUCAAAUCUAAGCAGCAACCUCAGAUAAGUGGGCAUUAAGGACUGUCAUCUUAUAGGGACAUUCAAAGUACACUGUCCAGG